AUGGCUGAGGCGGCCGCAGCUCCGGACUGGCAUAUGGGGACGGACCUCCAACGAGAGGCCCAGAUCCAGGCCACUGAGAUCUCCCUUCUGGCCAUCUUGGCUGCUGUUCAGGCUGUGGAGAAGAAGAUGGAGUCUCAGGCUAUCCGACUCCAACGCACAGGGACAGCAGAGAAGAAGCUGGCCGACUGCGAGAAGACGGCCGUGGAGUUCGGGAACCAGCUGGAGGGCAAGUGGGCCGUGCUGGGGACCCUGCUGCAGGAGUACGGGCUGCUGCGGCGGCGGCUGGAGAACUUAGAGAACCUGCUGCGCAACAGGAACUUCUGGGUCCUGCGGCUCCCCUCGGGCAGCAAGGGGGAUGCCCCCAAGGUGCCGGGGGCUCCUGAAGAUGCAGCGGUACAUUGCUCAGAGCAGCAGGGACACGCCCUGGAGAAGGAGUUCUGCACGGACGCCGUGAAGGGGAACCACGAGGCCCUGCGCUCCCUGGGCUGUGCCACCACCAAGCCAGAGCUCCUGACUGCAGCGGAGAGAGGAGAGGAGGUGAGCAGCCACAGCCUGCCCAGCGCAGACGGGGGCCAGGGCCCUGGCACUGGAACAGGCCAGCUGGUCUCUCCCCCAGGGAUUCUGCCCUGGCUCAAGCAAGAGGAAGAGGUGUGUAGGCAGAACCAGCAGGGCCCCCAGGAGACCAUCACUGCACACCUGCGCUCAGAGCCCUGGCUGGUCAGCAAAGAGAAGAGUCUGGAUGAAGAGUCCGAGGUGCAGGAGCCAGCCUGGGUAGCUGAAGGGGGACCUGGAGAGGAGGGCUUGGAGGGGGCUACCUGUGGGGAUCUGCCUCCUGUCCCCCGGGAGAGAGAAGUGACUUCCAUCCCUCCAAGCCCCCAGAACCUGGCUGUACCAGAUGCUGAGGGCACGGGGUGGUGCCCACCCUGCGCCAAAGGUGGCCAGAGCUCUGGCUGGAAGGAGCACUGUCCCCAAAGCUUCGCACAGCAGGCCACGCUCGCCAGCCAUCACCGUGUGCAUGCGGCUGAGCGCACCUACACCUGCAGCCAAGCACUGUCCACGCUGCUGGAGCACCAGCGCACACACACCGGCGAGAAGCCCUUCCAGUGCGCGCAGUGCGACAAGCGCUUCACGCGCCUGGCCAACCUGACUGUGCACCAGAGCGCGCACUCGGGCGAACGUGGCUUCCAGUGCUCCCAGUGUGGCAAGCGCUUCGUGCAGAAGCCCAGCUUCUUGCAGCACCUGCGCGGCCACUCGCAGGAGAAGGACUGUCCCUGUGGCCAGUGUGGAGAGAGCUUCAUCUGUCCCUCCUGGCUUGUGCGCCACCAGGGCAGCCACGCCACCCCCUGA